CCGUGACGUUCUGCCAAAGGAGGAAAAGCGGGCGGCGGUCGGAGCUCGAGCUCCGGGCACCGAGCCACCAUGACCCCCCCGGGGGGGGCUCCGACCUCCCUCCUCCUCCUCCUCCUCCUCCUCCUGCUGCUUCUAUCGCUUCGGGCUGGGGCUCCUCCGCCCCCCGACGACCCCACGACGGACCCGGAGGGUUCGGCUGCUCUUUCCUUCCUACGGACGGGCGAUGUGCGGAGUUUGGCUCUCACCAACUGCAGCCGCAGCGCCGCCCUGAGACCCCCGGCUCCAGACCCCCCCCAAACGCUACGAGCCGCUUUAAGGGCCGCCCCCGAAGCUCUGACCCAGGCCGCCAACUUCCUCAACAUGUUGCUGCAGGGAAACGAUCUCCGCGAGUCCAGCGUGGCCGAGGACGUGGAGUGGUACCAGGCGUUGACCCGCAGCUUGGCCGGGGGGCACCCGUGGGCUCGCCGCUCCCUGCUGGCUCUGGACGCCCACCCUGCAGCCCCCUCCCCACGGCUGGUGCUUCAAGCUACGGCAGCCGACGGGGAGAUUCACCUGCGGGACGUGUCCGCUCCGGGGAACCGCAGCUCGGAUGGUGAAUGGGUGGCGGAGCUGCGGGAACGACGGGGUCCUCCGCUUCGUAAACGGGUGUUGAGCAACGACCUGAGAUCCAUGGAGACCCCCAAGUGGUUGCGGGGUGAUGGGUACGUGGCGGGGCCGGGCCAUGUGCGGUGGUCGCAGCCGUUCCUGGAGUGCCGUGAUGGGAAGUUCGUGCCCGUUUGGGCCGUCGCUCUGUCCGCUGCUUUCUAUGGGCUGAAGCCCGACCUCAGCCCUGAGUUCAAGAACGGGGAGACCCCACAGUGCAGCCCCCCAUCAUCCAUCCCGCAGUGCAUCCCGCAGCAGAACCGCGGCUUCGUGCUGGGGCAAUACGCGUGUCGCUGCAAACCGGGCUUCUACGGGCUGAGCUCCGAGCCAGUACCGGCUGAUGGUGCCUCUCGCUUGUCGUGCCGCCGGUGCCGGGAGGGCUGUACGAGCUGCCGGGACGAUGCUCCGUGCGAGGUGCAGGAGGAUCGUUCCCUUCGUGCUGCCGUGCUGUGCUGCCAGGCGUGCUGCAUGCUGGCCGUGUUCCUCUGCAUGCUGCUCGCUUAUCACUGCCGGCGGAGCAAGAGGAUCCGGGCGUCGGGUGUUGUGCUGCUGGAGAUCAUCCUCUUCGGGUCUCUGCUGCUUUACUUCCCUGUCUUCAUCCUCUACUUCAAACCCAGCACCUUCCGCUGCAUCGCGCUGCGCUGGGUUCGUGUGUUGGGCUUCGCCAUCGUGUACGGCACCAUCACCCUAAAGCUGUACAGGGUGCUGAGGGCGUUCCUGGCCCGUUCAGCGCAGCGUGUGCCCUAUAUGGCCAGCGGGCGUGUGCUGCGGGCUCUGGGGCUGCUGCUGCUCCCCCCGUUGUGGUUCCUGGCUUCGUGGACCGUGGCAACGUUAGAGAACGUGGGUCGGAACGUCCCGCUGGUGAUCCGAGCACAGACAGCCCUGGGGCUGCACUUCUCCAUCUGCAGCCACGACCGCUGGGAUUACAUGAUGGUGGUCGCCGAGCUGCUGCUCCUGCUGUGGGGCAGCGCGUUGUGUUGGGCUGCACGGGCUGUGCCCUCUGCCUUCCACGAGCCGCGUUAUAUGGGCAUCGCGCUGCACAAUGAGCUGCUCCUCUCGGCCGCUUUCCACGCCGUCAGGUUCAUUGCGGUGCCAUCGCUGCACCCCGACUGGACGCUGCUGCUCUGCUUUGCCCACACCCACGGCACUGUCACUGUCACCCUGGGGCUGCUCUUUGUCCCCAAGUUCCUACACUCCGGAUCGCCGCUGCGGGAGGAGAUCGCGGCGGAGGUGUACGAGGAUGAGGUGGACGCGAGACGCUCCGGGUUGAACAGCAGCAUCGCGUCCGCGUGGAGCGAGCGAAGCUUCGAUCCCGAUGACAUCCGGGAGGAGCUGAAGCAGCUGUACGCGCAGCUGGAGAUGCUGCGGACACGGCGGAUGGCGGCCCGUAACCCGCACCUCCCCACGCCGCCCCCGACCCGCAGCACCGGCAGCUCAUCGUCCAAACGGCAGCACGACGGUACCGGAGGGUGGGGGCUGGAUGGGGGCGGCCCGUUCCGAUCCCGCAGCUCCGAACAUCCCGCACUGGACGCUGUUGCGGGGGGUUGCGGGGAGCCGUCUGACAACGAAUCGCUUUGUGCCGCUCCGCUGCUGCCCAGGUCGGUGAGCGCUCAGCAGCUCGGGGGGCACGGGCAGCCCCCCCGGCUCCGGGAGGUGCUUCUGCAGAAGUCACUGAGCGCCGGUGCUGGAGCCGUCAGCCCCAACUGGGGACCCCCACAACAAGGAGGGGCGUCCCGCAGCACCGCCCCAACCCCGGCCGCCGCCACCCCCACCGCCCCGCUACCGGACGGGGGUCCCCGUCGUGAUGCGUCCCCCCCGGCUGACAACAAGGGGACGAAACGCGUCACUUACGCACCCGUUAAAAGCAUCAGCGCUGACGGCCCCCACCCCGCGGGGCGGGUGCGUGUGGUGGUGAAAAGGACCCCCCCGCCCCCCCCCGUCCGCUAUCAGAGCCUCCCGCAUCGCCGCGGGGACAACGCGGAGCCUCCAGGGCCGCCCUCGGGGGGGGCAGCGGAACCAGCGUCCCCCAGGUCGGGGCUGCGCUCCGCUCCCCCCACCCCCGGCGAGGUGUGUCCGUGGGAGAUGCUGAAGCAGAAGCAGAACGGCGGCGAACCUUCGCCUUCAGACCCCCCCGGCGACACGGCGGGGGCCCCCCCGAGCCUCAAGCCGCCCCCACAAAGAGCGUUCAGGAGUUUGGGGUUCGCCAUCAGAGCCAUCAGCAGAUCCAGAGUGAAACGCAGCCUGAAAGGGAGCAGGGAGGGCAGCGCUCGGAAACGGGGCAGUGAGAGGGAGGGGAGCAGCGAGGGGGGGCAGCCCGACCUGGUAGGGACCCCCCCGCAGCCCCCAGUAGGGAGCAGCCCGGAUCCCAGCCUGCAGGAUGGGGGUGCAGACCCCUCUCAGUUCAUCACCACCGAGACCACAGUGAUGGGGGACAGUGAGGGGACAGCAGAGGAACAGCAGGAUGGCACUGCUGGGGGGGGGGCGAUGUCACCCUCAGUGGCCAUGCAGCCCUAUGGCACUGACUCCCUUUAUGCAGCACAGAACAUGGGGGGCACGGGGCUGAGGGCUGAGGUCUGUCCCUGGGAAGCACUGAGUGCCCCAGUGGGGUCUGUGUCACAGCAGGAGGGGGUCGGGGGGGUCCCAUCGAUGCGGGGCAGCACCAUGAAGGUGCUGGGGAAGGGCAGCAGCCAACCUGCUGCUUGUAGGGGGGAGACUGAGGGGCUGCCCAUCAGGAGCAGGAGUGUGGAGUGGGGCCGGGUGGGGGCUGAGGGUCUAAGGGAGAUCUGCCCCUGGGAGGGACAGGGGGGGUCAGGGCAGAAAAAGGCAGAGAUCUGCCCUUGGGAGGAACAGGGGGGGUCAGGAGUCAGCAAAGCAGAGAUCUGCCUUUGGGAGGGUCAAGAUGGGUCGGUGGGGAGCAAAGCAGAGAUCUGCCCUUGGGAGGAACAGGGGGGGCCAAGGAACAGCAAAGCAGAGAUCUGCCCUUGGGAAGGACAGGAAGGAUCAGGGGGGAGCAAAGCGGAGAUCUGCCCCUGGGAGAGUCAGGGGGCAUCAGGGGGGAGCAAAGCGGAGAUCUGCCCCUGGGAGGCGGCCACCCCCAUUAUGGAGCAGCCGAGGAUGAAGCUGAGCUCAGGGGGGGCUGUGAAGCGCAUCACACGUCAGGCAGCUCUUGUCAGCCCUGCAAGGUCCAUAGAGAGCCCAGGGGUGUCCCGCAGUGCUGAGAGCCCAAAGGUGGAGAUCUGCCCUUGGGAGACCAUGGGGGGCUCAGGGGGUAGAGAGGAAAUCUGUCCCUGGGAAGGGGCUGCUCCUCCAUUUGAUAAAGAGGAGCCAAGAGAGGCUCGGGAUGGCACAUUGGGAACAAGGAGAAGCGCUGCUGCACAUCGGGAUCUGCAGAAAGAGAGGGGAGAAAACACGUCGGUAAAGCAGAGGGACAGCAGAGAGCGUGAGGCUGUGUGCCCAUGGGAGAGCAUGGGGGCAGAGGAGCCAGCCCUGAGCACGGCAAUGGGGAAGGAAGGAUCUAGAAAGCUUGAGAGCGCAGAGAGCAGAGCUGCCAUCUGCCCAUGGGAAGCAGCAGAGCCUGGGGCUGGGUGGGAGAGCUGCAGCCCUACAGAACAGCCCAGGGGAGCAGCCCCUAUUGGGGUCAGGGAGCACCGGGUGCUGUGCAGAGCCCUACCUGCAGCACCAGGCCAAGCACACACAGCACAGCAGCACAGCGGGGCCAGCACGGCUGAGGUCUGUCCAUGGGAAGCAGAGGAGGGUCUAGAAACCCCCAUCAGCCCAAAGGGAGCGUCUGCUGUGUGCCCAUGGGACAGCCCUGGGGAGGGACAGGACACAGGGGGGUCCAGUGCUGAGGUCUGUCCAUGGGACCAUGAGUAGAGCUCAGCCCUGGGGUGCAGAGAGCUGGAUAGAGAUGUUAACCAAAGCCAUGUUGCUGCAGCAUGGGCACCCAUAGCAAUGGGGCUGCCUGUGUCAGAGAUCUGGUUGGGUAUCACAGAGGUUCGGAGCUGAAUGGCAUCAGGGCCCUGAGCACCACGGGGCUGUGGUUUGUGCUGUAUGUCACGAGCUCAGGGGGAGGCAAAGUGGGGGCAUUGGAGCACCCAGAGCCUGCUUUGGUGUGGGGCUCAUCCCACCAUCCCUUCUCUAUUUGAUUCCUCUCUCCUCAAGAGGAGCAUUGGGAUCUUCAGCAGCAAAUAUCCAUCAGGAAGCAAAUAGAUGGGAAAUAAACGUUUACCCUGAGUGCUCACAGCGGCUGGUUUAUGGGGUAAGGGCUGCAAAGAACACCCAGGAACAGCAGUGCUUUAUAAUCAGAGGAUCCUCCAUGAGAUGCAGCCAGAUUUUGUGACACCCCCCCUGAUUUCCAAACCAAAAGACACCAGGGAUUCCAGCUUUGGCUGCUCUCUUAAUAGAGGUGACUGUGUAUAGGGGGGGUGAGGCUUCCAAUCACACACAGCCUGCAAAACCAAAAGGGUUUGGUGUCAAUGUCACAACGUCCACAGGAUGGUGCCA